GUCUGUGCAAAUUGAAUUUUUGGCAGGAAUUCUAUCUAUAUAGGAAUUAUAGGAUCAGAUUUUAUUUUAUAAUUACUUUAGUUUUUGGGUACAGGAGCCAGAGAUUGUUUAUAAAAUCAAUAUUGUGCUUUAAAUAUGAUGCUUAACGGCGUAUCAAGUUUUUCUAAAUUCAUAUGGAGAUCACAGGAAGUUCCUGGUUUUGGGUUUCAACAGCUUAGGAACAAAUGGGCCAACCGUUGGAUGAUUAGAGAUGUAAAGCGGCGACGAUUAAAUGCUGAACACUUUUUGGAGAGAACACGAAUUAAUGCUAUGCGCCGAAACACUGUAUUGCCUACAGAAAUAAGGGAAAUUGCAGACAAAGAGAUAAACAAAUUUGAACUGAAUGCUACUCCUUCACAUAUAAAUAAUAGAUGUGCAGUCACUUCAAGGCCUAGAGGUGUAGUUAAAGAAUGGAGACUGAGCCGUAUUGUUUGGAGACAUCUUGCUGAUUAUAAUAAACUUUCAGGAGUUCAAAGAGCUAUGUGGGGUUAAAAAGCUUUGUGACAUAAAAAUUACUUUAAAAUUAGUUAAUAUAGACAUAUUAUUCAA